UGUCGUCAUCGCAUUGUAGUUCCUCCUCCUCAUCGCGCUCAGUUCGUUGCUGACAUAAUCGUUUAAUGGCUGGCUGCCGUCUUCAUAUAUACCGUGUUGAAGUUGUAACAUCUUUGAAAGGACCCACAUAAGAUGCAUGCCUGGCUCCGCUAGGUUAAAUGCUUGCGACGUCAUUGUUAAUCACGCGGGCAACCGAUUGCUUUUGUUUUGAUCAUGGGACAAAGAGGAUGCGACCUAACACGGACGCGGGGCCGGUGGAUCGGCUGCGUGGUGGCUGUGUUUUUGUGGAGUGCGGCUUCGGCGCAACUACGAUAUUCAAUUUCUGAGGAAGUAAAAGAAGGAACUGUGGUUGGGAAUAUUGCAAAGGACCUGGGAUUAGAUAAAAAUACGCUCAAAGACAGAAAGUAUCGGAUUGUUACCAGUCAUACGGAUCCCCUUUUCUAUGUAAAUCCAAACGACGGCAUCCUGUAUGUGAGUCGAAAGAUCGACAGGGAAGAGGUUUGCGAACGAACCAGUUUAUGUGUGAUAAACCUAAAAACCGUACUAGAAACACCGCUGGAGGUCCAUUACGUUGGCGUAGAGGUGCUGGAUGUAAAUGACCACUCUCCCACCUUCCCAGAGAAAGAGACAACAUUAGAAAUAUUCGAAUCCCUGUUACCUGGAACACGUAUUCCGUUACAACCCGCACGUGAUCCAGACGGCGGCCCUUUCUCUGUACAGCAGUAUACACUUAGCUCUAAUGAUAAUUUCCGUUUGGAAGUUAAAGAUAAAGGAGAAGACGGUAAAAUACCUAUCAUGAUUGUUCAGAAAUCGUUAGACAGAGAAGCUGCAGCAAGCCACUCAUUGAUACUGACGGCACUGGAUGGAGGAAAACCUCCGAAAUCUGGUGAGAUGAAUAUUUUAAUAAACAUUCUGGAUGUAAACGAUAACGGACCCGUCUUUUCCAAAGAGGUUUACACAGUGACGCUGAAUGAAAAUACUCCUGUAGGAACAAAAGUCAUACAGGUAAAUGCCAUUGAUUUAGAUGAGGGACCCAAUGGAGAUGUUGUUUAUUCCUUUAGUAACAGCGUGAAUCGUAAAUUCUUAAAGCUUUUUGAUAUUAACCCAUCCACAGGUGAAAUAACUGUUAAAGGUUUAAUCAACUAUGAGGAGAAGGACAAAUAUGAAAUAGAAAUCAAGGCAUCAGAUAAAGGUUCAGCUCCUCUUACAACAGAAAAGAGUGUCAUUAUUAAAAUAAUAGACAUAAAUGAUAAUGCACCUGAGAUUGAAGUUACCUCAUUUUCUAGCUCUAUCCCUGAAGAUUCAAGACCUGGAACUACAGUCGCUCUUAUCAGUGUAAAUGACUUGGACUCUGGUCUGAAUGGAAAAGUUAUUUGUUCCAUUGGUGAGGAUGUUCCUUUUGUUUUGUCACCAUCUUUACAAGACAAAAUGUUUUCACUAGUAACCAAAUCUCCCCUAGACAGAGAGAAACAGUCCCAGUAUACCAUAACAGUAAUUGCAAAAGAUGCUGGUCAACCAUCACUAUCAUCUGAAAAGACAAUAAGUGUCAUUGUGUCAGAUGUGAACGACAACAGUCCAGAGUUUUCACGAAGCCCAUAUACUUUCUAUAUCGUUGAGGGCAAUGAUCCAGGAGCUUCAGUGUUUUCUGUUAAAGCUUCUGAUCGUGAUGAGAAUGAUAAUGCUCUGAUAUCCUAUCAUAUUGUCAGAGAUGGAAGCGAAGAUAAUAAAAUAUCUUCAUUUCUAAACAUAAACUCUGAUAAUGGACAAAUCACAGCACUGAAAAGUUUUGACUUUGAGACUCUGAAAACUUUCCAGUUCCAAGUUGUAGCCACAGAUUCUGGUACUCCGUCACUGAGCAGCAACGUCACAGUGAACGUGUUCAUUCUGGAUCAGAACGACAACACUCCAGUCAUCCUGUAUCCACUCAGCUCGAAUGGCUCUGCUGAAGGUGUGGAGGAGAUUCCACGCAACGUGAACGCAGGACACUUGGUGACUAAAGUCAGAGCAUAUGACGCUGAUAUAGGAUAUAACGGCUGGUUGCUGUUCUCACUGCAGGAAGUUACUGACCACAGUCUCUUUGGUUUGGACCGCUACACAGGACAGAUCAGGACACUUCGCUCGUUGACAGAGACGGACGAGGCUGAGCAUAAACUGAUCAUACUGGUCAAAGACAAUGGGAACGUUUCACUCUCAGCAACAGCUACUGUCAUAGUCAAACUUGUGGAGCCCAAAGAGGCUUUUGCAUCUUCUGAUGUUAAAAGUGCAGCAAAAGUAAACGAAGAGGACAAUGUUACAUUUUACCUGAUGAUAACUUUGGGCUCAGUUUCAGUUCUUUUUCUUAUCAGUAUCAUUGUGCUGAUUGCAAUGCAGUGCUCCAAAUCCACAGACUAUACUUCUAAAUAUCUGCAAGAGCCAAAUUAUGACGGGACACUGUGUCACAGCAUCCAGUACCGAUCCGGAGACAAACGGUACAUGUUAGUUGGACCCAGGAUGAGUAUAGGAUCUACUAUAGUCUCUGGCAGCCACGCAAAUACUCUAGUGCUACCUGACAGGAGGAGAACAUCUGAGGAGGUAAGAUGA